UAUAUAUAUAUAUAUAUAUAUACAUUAUAUAUUUAUUUAAAUCUAUGUACCUGCUUAACUUCCUGUUAAAUUUACCUGCUGUCACAAACAUGGUUAAAGAACAACACCUGAAUGAAAACAGGAAGCAGGAAGUAAAAUGUUUCCUGGGGACUGUAAAAAGUGAUGUACACGUUGACCUCACUCAGAGCGGCCGUCGGUUUGAAAACAAGAUGAAAAGGUGGAAACAUGAGGCGUGGCUGGAGACAUGAUGUCACGAGGUGAUCUGACAGCGCGGCUCUUUUCUGUGAGCGACCUCUGAUCGGUCUGGACUUUGGAGCUUCAGCUUGUUUGCAGAUUUCACACAGAACACAUAGACGAGUAGUCACGAUGAAGGGCUCUCCUCCUCCUCCUGCUCCUCCUGUUCCGCCGCUUCUUCUUCCUCUCAUUCUCCUCUUCCUCCUCCAUCCCAACGCUCCAGCUGAUGGCGGCCAUGUUCUGGUGUUCCCAGGCGAGUACAGCCAUUGGUUGAACAUGCGGAGCAUCAUGGAGGAGCUAGUGAGGAGAAACCACUCUGUCACCAUUUUAGUUUCAGACGCCUCGCCAUCAGUCAACUACAACAACCGCCGCGAUGCAGCCAAGUUCAACUUCCUGGUUUACAAGGUCCCGUUCAGCAGAGCCGAGUUACACGGCCUCACAAAGGACUUCAUCCACUUCUCCAUGUACGAGUCUCAUGUCUCGUCUUCGCUGCAGAACUUUCUGAAGGUCGUUGAUUUCAUGCGCCGGUCGCUCGUCUUUGGGAAGCAGCAGUGUGACUCCAUGUUGAAGAGCAAGCAGCUGAUGGCGACUCUGAGGACUGCUGCGUUUGACGCCGUCCUGCUGGACCCGAUGGUGAUGUGUGGCGACCUGGUGGCCGAUGUGCUCAGCCUGCCGCUCAUCAUCUCACUGCGCUUCUCGUUCGGCAGCGUCCUGGAGCGGCAUUGCGGCCACGCGCCAGCGCCGCCCUCCUACGUCCCGGUGGCUCCGCUACCAUACAGCGACCGCAUGACAUUUGGGGAGAGGCUGAUCAACACCAUGACAUACAUGAUGGUGUCAGCAGUGUCCGAGCUGUUCAUGGGACUGAUUGAUAACUACUACAGCGAAGUCAAAGGAAGUCCCAGCAGCGUCUGCAGGACUCUGGGGAAUGCCGACAUUUGGCUCAUCAGGACCUUCUGGGACCUGGAGACGCCACGACCGAUCCCGCCCAACUUCAAACAUGUGGGCGGUCUGCACUGUAAACCAGCCAAUCAGCUGCCAGAGGACCUGGAGGCGUUUGUGCAGAGUUCGGGUGAUGCCGGUGUGGUGGUGGUUUCCUUUGGCUCCAUGGUAACCAACCUGACGACAGAGCGUGCUGAUGUCAUCGCUGCUGCCUUGGGACAAAUUCCACAGAAGGUCAUCUGGAGGUUCAGAGGAGAAACUCCGAAGACACUGUCAGCAAACACUGAGCUGUUUGAUUGGAUCCCUCAGAACGACCUGCUGGGUCACCCGAAGACGAGAGCGUUCGUGACACACGGCGGCACCAAUGGUCUGUACGAAGCUGUGUAUCACGCCGUGCCGCUGGUUGGAGUCCCACUGUUCGCAGAUCAGCCCAAUAAUCUCGCCCAUUUCAGCCGCCGCGGCGCUGCCAUCGUCCUGGACUUCAACCACCUGACAUCUGACAAGCUGACAGAAGCGCUGCAUGCUGUUAUCAAUGAGCCGAGCUACAGGUCCAGCAUGCAGCAUCUGUCAGUGCUGCACCACGACCGCGCGGUGGCGCCGCUGAGCACUGCUGUCUUCUGGGUGGAGUUUGUGAUGCGACACGGCGGAGCGCGACACCUGCGGCUGGCGUCACAUGACCUGAACUGGUUCCAGUAUCACAGCGUGGACACCUUCGCCGCCCUGCUGGUCACCAUGACGACUGCUGCGGUCGUCUGCUGGGGGGGCGUCUGGUGCUUCCUGCACCACUGCAUCAGACAUCGAAUCAGAGAAAAGAACGACUGACACAUUUUCACGUUUCAAUAACAAAAUGAAUCAAUAAUCGAAGAAGAUUUAACUGAAUUUUAAUUUUGUUCAUUUAAAUAAAGUUUAAAGAUUGUAUUUAAAAUAAAAGUUCAAACAUAACGUUUGUUUCGUUCACAUGCUCAGAAAUAAUCUGAUUACCUUCAGGUGUAAUCUGAUUACCUUCGGCUGCAAUCUGAUUACCUUCAGCUGUGAUCUGAUUACCCUUUUACAGUAAUCUGACUACCUUCAGGAGUAUUCAGAUUAGCAUAAUCAGUAAUCUGAUUACCAUUUGAAGUAAUCUGCUGCUCUGCCAGUCUGUCUUGCUAUUUGUUGUUGUCUGUUUGUAUGUUUGUUGUUGUUUGUUGCAUUGCUUGUUUUGUUUUUGCUGAUGUUGCAUUGUCCGUUCUGCUGCAUGUGUGCGCUAUUUUUGUUGUUGCCGUGCUGCGUGAUGCUGCUCUCUGUUAGCCACUUUAUGCUGUUUGUCCCUUAUGUGGUGCAUGUUGUAUGUGUUGCUGUUUCUUUUAUCUUUUGAUACCCCUCUAAUCCCUGUCCCCUUCUCCUCAAGAGGCUCUUGCCUUUUGCUAGGCCGCCAUUGUAAAUAAGAAUUUGUUCUUAAUGACUUGCCUGGUUAAAUAAAGGUUAAAUUAUUUUUAAAAAUCCGAUUACCUCAAAUCUUCAGUCAAGAGGCCUGUUCUCUUUAACCAGCCCGGUGAUGUUGACACACUGAUGGAUAAAGGUCUGUCUCAAAUAUAAGCCUGUCUCAAAUACAUUUGUUAUAGAUCAUUAUUCACGUCGGCGGCAGUGACACCCCGUUACGCCAAUCGGAGGUCACUAAAAUUAAUAUUGCCUCAGUGUGUGAAUACGCUAAAACUAUGUCGGACUCCGUAAUUUUCUCUGGACCCCUCCCAAAUCUGACCACUGAUGACAUGUUUAGCCGCAUGUCAUCAUUUAAUCACUGGCUGUCCAGGUGGUGUCCAGCAAACAAUGUGGGUUUCGUUAAUAAUUGGCAAACUUUUGGCAUUCAUUCCACUUUGGAUGGAGCUGCUCUCAUAUCUAGAAACCUGGCAAAGAUUACUAGUAAUUCAAAAACCUGACAACCCAGAGUUGAGAUCAGGCGCUUCAUUUAUAAAGGCUGCGUACACACAAAAGAAGGUGUUCGCCACUCUUAAGCAAAGUUUGAGAUUUAUAAAAAACAAACUUGACGGGAGAAUGUGCGGUCCUCCACACAAACUCUGACCCUGCCGUACACACAUGAACUGGAGAAAUGAGAAACUGCGACUCCGAUGGCAGAAGGACGAAACGUCCUCCUGAUACUAUUGUGUAUAAAAUAAAUUAAAAUAUGACCUCUCACAGAUGAUAUGAAGAGGUAAUUUGGAAAAAAUAAAUAAAGCCGUUUUUACAGUACAUAAACUCCUGUGUGAUUAAUACUCACGUAACACAUGAUUCAGGAUGAUAAAUAGUUUAGUUUAGUUUAUUUACUUUAUUAAUCCCCCUGAGGGGAAAUUCAAUGUUUUCACUCUUGCUAAAUAAAGACAGAGAUAAUCUGUCGUUAUCUCAUACACACCUGUAUCUCGUCAGACAAUUAAAAUAUUAAGCUAUGAAAAGGCACACACUCACAAUGCGUAAACACACACAAUGGCUUAUUUGGCACUGCUCGAGGAUGUGGCGGAUGGGAGACUUCGGGGGGAGCGGCUCUUCAGGGACCAGCAAGAUCCAUUGGCCCAUGAUGACGAGUGGCUCAUGAGCCGGUUUUGACUGCCACGCGCUGUGAUCCUGGACCUCUGUGAUGUGUUGGGCCCGGCACUACAGAGGAGCACCCACAGGAACCACACCAUGCCAGUCCCUCUGCGGGUGGUAACAACACUCGGUUUCCUGGCAACCGGCACCUUCUAGAGGGAACUGGCUGACAGGUGGGGGAUAUCCCAGCCUACUGUACCUUCGGCCGCAUUAUGCCAGACGUGUUAGGAGGUAUCAUUGGUUUGUCACAACGGUACAUUAACUUUCCUUACACGGUGGGUGAACAGGCAAACAAAAAAAUGCAGUUUGCAGCAAUGUCCAGUUUCCCCAAUGUAAUCGGGGCUAUUGACUGCACUCAUAUUGCAAUAAGGGCACCA